CGUUGAUGACAGCUGUCUGAAAUGUCAACAGUGUCAACUGUGCUUUCUGUCUGUCUCUGUCAGACAUGUCAAAAUUUUAUGUCGAAGUUUGAGGCAGUGGCACGCUGCUUCGUAAUACAUCUAGAAAAAAAUAGGAGAAUAUUGUUCUUUUUGUUGUAUUUCUUUUAAAGUAGCCACCACUCCAACCAACGCAUUCCUUUGCCAUUUGUGACUCCUUUAGGGACGAAGUGCGGAAACCAUGCAAAGUGGUAGUUGCAAGUGACGUGCAUCAUCAAACAAGUGCGUAAUGUGCAGUGUCUUCAGUGAACCGUGUUAAAUAAACAGUCAACAUGUUUAGAAGUAGAAGCUGGUUCGGAGGAGGCUGGGGACGCCCAAAAAACCCUCAUUCUCUCGAACGUUUGAAGUAUUUACACAAUAUCCUUUGUAAGAAUACAACAGUGUCUGAGAGUAACCGUGGUACCCUAGUGGAGUCUUUGAGGUGUAUAGCCGAGAUAUUGAUAUGGGGUGACCAGAAUGAUAGCUCAGUUUUCGAUUUUUUCUUGGAAAAGAACAUGCUGUCAUACUUCCUCAAGAUAAUGAGACAGAAAUGCGGAGGCUCUUCAUAUGUAUGUGUGCAACUACUUCAGACACUAAACAUACUGUUUGAAAACAUAAGGAAUGAAACAUCACUGUAUUACUUGCUGAGCAACAACCACGUGAACUCAAUAAUAGUGCAUAAGUUCGACUUCUCCGAUGAGGAAGUGAUGGCAUACUACAUUUCGUUCCUCAAGACACUCAGCUUCAAACUUAACAGCCACACAAUACACUUCUUCUACAAUGAGCACACGAAAGACUUCCCUCUGUACACAGAGGCGAUCAAAUUCUUCAACCACUCAGAGUCCAUGGUGAGGAUCGCGGUGAGGACACUGACACUAAACGUGUACAGGGUACAGGAUGCGAGCAUGUUGCGGUUCAUCAGAGAUAGAACGGCGGCGCCAUACUUCAGUAACCUAGUUUGGUUUAUCGGCAAACACAUUCUAGAGCUGGACGCGUGCGUGCGAAACGACUCGGAUUCAAAUUCCAGCCACCAGUCCCAACAGAAACUGGACGACUUAGUCGCCGAGCAUUUAGACCACUUACACUACAUAAACGACAUCCUCUGUCUCAACAUUCCUGAUCUCAACGAUGUAUUGACUGAACACCUCUUGCAUAAACUCCUUGUGCCUCUGUACAUAUACUCUUUAACUUCUGACUCUGUAAGACGACCGGUCUCUCGUCAAAACUCAUCACCAUACAACAGAGACAACUUGCAAACUAUAGAAGUUAUAACAAGGAAUUUAGAGGCUAUCCUUAAAGGCAAAAGCGCUGACAUGUCACCGUCUAGAAUGUCUUUUACUAGACAGAGAAUGGAAUCAGAUGAUGAAGUAAAACCAUCUGUGUCCUGUGUAGUAUCACUCUUUCUACUGUCACAAGUGUUUUUAAUAAUCACACACGGUCCGAUAGUACACGCGCUAGCAUGGAUUAUACUACAAUCAGAUUUAUCAGUAUUCGAAGAUGGAGCUACUAAGAUAUUAGAAAUGUAUAUCAGUAAUGCUAAAUCCAGCGUCAAGCUAGAGUUUUCAAAGCCGCAACUAAGUUUAGAAAAGGCUUUGGAAAGUUCGGGACAGGAGAGAGAUUAUACGACACCAGAAUACAGUGGUCCUAAAUUGUUUGGUUAUGACACGGAUCACUCAAGUUGUGAUUUAGAUCCUGAGUUGGUGUCCACAUCGUUGCCGUCCACGUCGCAUAUAAGUGAAUCUUCCAGCGUCGCCCAUGACUCAACUGAAGAUCUGGUCACGCAGAUAGCUUCAAAGUCUUCCAGUGCUGUGACUUUAGCUAAGCAGAAUAUGCCUGAUUCGCCUCUGCCCGACUCUGGUAUUGAGUCGAGCUCUUCAAAAUCAGGCCCUGAACUGAAUAAUAUAACUGAUGAGGAGAAACAAAAGCUACUCGGUGUUGCGCCUAGCUCUCCUGCGUUACCGUCAACAUCGAUGGAAAAUAUACUUAAUCGAGAGAAUAAAGAGAUUGAGACAAGGCCGUUUUUGAAGACGAUUCUGGAUUCUUUGGACUGUAGUGAGAAUGACUAUAAGGCGCUAUUUGCGCUAUGUUUGCUGUUUGCGUUGAUAAAUAAUAAAGGCGUAAACACGGAACUCCUUGACACGCUACUAUGCCCAGAGCAGAAUGAGAAUUCAAAUACAACGGCAACUUCAAGCGAACAAUCUGCAGAGAGUUCACAAGAGGGCGCCACUUCCACUCCGUCCAAACGUCCAGUGCAGAGCUACAACGCUCUGCUCAUAUCCAAGCUCACGGCUAUCGUCGCACAGAGCUGUAAAACUACUUCAAAAGUCCGCUUAGUAACACUGGAACUCAGCGUGACGCUAGUGGGCAUCGCGAUGCUCGGCGCGGGCGGGUCGCCGGGCGCGCGCCACGUGGCCGUCGCGGACACUCUGCGCGCGCGGGCUGCCGCGCUCGCGAGGAACUUCUACAAGUGCGACGACAUCUUCCUCGACAUGUUCGAAGACGAGUAUUGCGAGAUGAGCAAGCGACCCUUAAACGUAGAGUGGCUUUGCAUGGACGCUGCCAUUCUCCUGCCGCCUACUCGCACGCCCAUGUCUGGCAUCGCCUUCGCCAAACGACUGCCGAGUGGCGAGAUGGAACGAGCGAGACGCGCCAUUCGCACAUUCUUCCUCAUACGAGACCUAUACUUGAAGCUGACCGGCAAACCAGAGACGCAACUACCAUUGGCCAACCCCGCACCUUUUGUGCAAGUCGGAGAUGUCUUGGAUCUUAAUGACUCCGACCUAAUAUCCUGCGAUAUAAUCCAAAAGGAUGGGACGUGGCACCAUAGGUUCCUAGCCGUGGACAACAUACAGAUAAUAUUGGUGGAGCCCGACAAGCAGCGCCUAGGUUGGGGUGUUGCUAAGCUAGUUGGCAGCUUACAGGACUUAGAAAUACAAGGUGACAAAGAAGACCCCCGUUGCUUGCAUCUGACCAUACACAAACCGCGAGUAGGCGCCAGCGGAGCCCUUCCUCGAACCGUAUUACUCCGAGCGAAGUUUAAGUUCGACGACCAUAUACGAAGUAUGGCGGCUAAACAGAGGCUCACCAAGGGCCGAACCAAGUCCCGCCAAAAGAAGAUGCAGCAGAUCGGCCGGCUGCUGGAAGUGGCCGGCAUGGCGGGCGCGCCCGCGCUGGCGCCGCGCCACCGCCCGCUGUUCGCGCGCCCCGGCGUCACCACCGUGCGCCGCCACGCCAGUGCGGACGGCGACGACAUAGAGCGUCGCCUCCGCAGACCCAGCGGACAUAUGCUCAAAGACGGCAUCGUCGUUUACCGCGAAAGGACUACAAGCCGAGAAAGUAGUAUAUCGCGUGGCAGCAGCGGCCACGCGUCCCGCGACGGCUCGCCGCGCUCCCGAUCCGAAGAGAUACCUCUUGAAGACAUCAGGAGGAACGCGCUAGCGGCCACUACCGCCCCCGCUACCGUCACUAUUCAGGCUCAACCGAGCACAUCUCAAGCCCAGAAGCCACAGAUUUCCUCCGAAGAGACAUCGUUCAUAUCGGGCGAGUCGCGACCCAAACGCAAGGGCAUCGUCGAAACCAUUUGAUAUUAACCUAAACUGAGGUAUGGUUAGAACUGCGAGGAUUCAACUAGGGAUCAAAUUAUUUUGUGAAGUCUUUGACCAUCAAAGACGUACCAUUGACGCGCGCGAUUACGCCCCAAUAACCUUCGUGCAUUCGACAAAGUUCUCGAUGACGCGCCGCACGUUAGACGUGGCUUUCAAAGGGUAAAACAAUUAUUAUAAUUUGUUCCCUAGUUGUAUAGAUGGCAGCAUAAUCUCUUUCGCCUCGCUAUACGGCAACCCCGUAAAGAAGAAAGAAAACCGUACAGGAAGGAACGAACACGCACUGCUCGCCCUUAGAAGUAUAAUCUAGGCGCCUAGGCUUUCGGAGAUCUGGGUGGCCUAGUGGUUAUGACGUCGCGAUUGCAGAAGACGCUGUGUUGAUCCCCUGAGCACUGGAGGCGUCGGUCACUAUUUUUUUUCGUAUAUAUUGUAACAUUUAUUGGAGUAUAUACGAGGGUUGUCGCUAUUCACAAGCUAGGUAUUCAGAGAAGGAUUUUUAGUAGAUCCCAGGUGCGGUAAAGUGAUAUAUGCUAUGAAUGAAAAUCCAAGUCAAUUUUAUCUUGAGUUGAUGUAAAGUUGUUUUCCCAUAGAAACCUAUUUGCAGCGAAAACAAGGUGUAGUGGUUGUAGCGGGAGUAAUCCUUACAAUUUAUCUUAGGCGUUUCACACUUUGACACCGAGGUCUGCCAGGGCGAGUGGACCGGCAUAGAUAAACAUCCUCAAUACUAUUUUAUUAAGAAUGUUUUGUACUUGCAUACAUUGUUAUAUUAGUAAUAGAGAAAAACAUCUUUCUCUAUUAAUUUUUCAGGCUCUUCGCAAUGUCAGUGUGUAAUACAAGUGCUUAUUAUUUUAUCCCUGUUCUAGGAUGAAUAACGCUAAAUAAAUUAUGUAAAUAAUGCUAUUGUCUGAAUGCCGAUGAAAGUUCAAAGGGCUCUGACAAUAGAGAGGUACGAGUAUAUCUCAGUGAAUGAUAGUAGAUAGAUAUGUAUAACUAAUCUGUUGGAAACGUGGUGCGUGUUUUAAUUAAUUUAAAAUUGUAUGUUACUCAUAAUUUAAAGCGAAAAGUGGGUUAUUCAUACGUGACUCGGAUAAUAUGAACAAUAUACUCGUACAAAUUGCUAAUGAAACGGAUACCGCACUCAGAAGAAACUGCGGGACGGUGCAGCGUUGAGUCUCUCUCACUCUUACAAUUAAGUCUUACGCCUUGGGCGCGAAACGCACGCUCGACGCUGACGCCGACCGCCAUACAUUGGUUAAAACAAUUGUAUGGUGAUCUCUUCUCUCACUCUGAUACGCGUGGUCUGCAAACAAUCUGAUAAAGAUGGGACAUUUAGAAAAAGUUUCAUUUUCUAAAUUCACAAACAUCCCAAUGUUGACAGCAAAUCAUUAAACAAAUGUUAGUAUAAAAUAUCUCAUAGACAUUAAGUAUGUUAGACAUGCUUGGCCAGAGAUGAUCUAUAUUUUUCUGUAGUGUAUACCGUCUUAUAGUUAUAUCCAUGUGUUACUGGAGUCGUUCUAAAAAAACCGCACUCUCAAUUUUUCGCUCUACUCAAGGAAUGGGAAAGCUAGAAACCUUAGUUUUUUCAAAACAAAAUAUUCUUAGUUUUUUCAUUACUAGGUAAUGUCAAGUCCGUCUGUAGGAUUAGAAAGCUGUAAUUUGGUGUAUGCUUAAAGUUGUACAAUUAAAUAUUGAAAAAAAAAAAAAACCUAUAAUGAGGUUUUGUAGAACUAAUUUUAUGCAGUUUUGCCGACAGUCAACGUACGGAUACGCUUGGACUACAUAAUACAUAAAUCCAACAGUUUUCUGGUCAAGUUAAUUAAAAUUGUAGAUAGAAACAACAAUUAUCAUAAUGAAUGUAUUUUUAUAAUAAAAAGUAAAUCGAUCUCUCGUUACGUCCAAAUUCAUGUCUCAUUUGUUCUGUAUAAGAAACUUAUUUUACAGUACAUAUGGUGCUAUUUUACCGCACUAGUGCGAAAAUUAGCAUAUUACGUUACUAUGUCGAACAUUUAAAGGGUCAUAUGUACUGUAAAACGUUGUACGAUACAUGUGCGAAUAGGUAAUUCGCAACUCGUGUCGAUUUAAAAUACUCCCUUCGGUCGUGUUUUAAUUUAUCGCCACUCGUUUCGAAUUUCCUAUUUUUCGCACUUGUAUCGUAAUGUAUUAUUUGUGUAAAAAAAGUAAUUAAUAUAAAAACCAACUCCGAUUGUAAAAUUUUAACAUCCAAAUGCAUUCUUAUUUAUACACGUGUUUUUGGGCCAAAAAGGGCUAUCACGUUUUUAAUUUAGAAUUGCGUUGCCUGUAAAUACAAUAAUGAUGCUAUUUCAUAUAUAAAUACGACACAAUAUAAUUUCGAUGAUAAAAUUGACAUGCAUACCUUGUUGUGUUAUCCACAUAGAUGAGUGGACAUUCUGUAUGUAAUCAUUUAGCAAUACUCUGCAAGCAAGAAUUUUUAAUAUAGGUGUAACCCCUAAAAUGUGUGGAACACACAAUUUUUCUCCGAAAUUUCGAUAUAGCUCACACUGUAAGUAAUUCAGUAUCUCUCAUAGAUUAUCCAUCGCUAACAUAAAAUCCUGUUUACAAAAUCUAUAAUCGGAGUGAAAGAGGUACUAAAUCUAUAAUGGUAGGUAUCUGUACUAGUAUUGUAUCCGUCUAUCUGUCAUCCUCACGUUAAAAUGCACCGUAAUUCCUUUCUUGAUAUGUUGUUUUAUGAAAUUUAAAAUUAGAGCGAGUAUAUUGACGUGAGUCGAUUUAGUAUACAAAUUUGAUUGAAUGCAUGAAUUUGCUUUCAGUAUAAUUUUCUUGAGAGCACUGGUUAAUUAAUUUGAGGUUGAAAAAUAGAUCAUAUUUAAAUAAAGUUUAAGAAUAAGUUUUAUUUUAACAAUGAAUUUUUACAAGUUUAACCCUUUGUACGGUUUAUGUCAUAAACACAAACAUCACUCAAACGCCAAGAUCCCGGGCGCAUUGAAGCUUAUGUAUACCUAACUCGAAAGUGUGAAGAUUACUUUGACAGCGUCCGCCAUAACACCUAUAGUUGUUCUUGGCGCUGUGGGUACGAUCAGUUACCACGCCUUUUUGGUUCUUGGCGUUCAAAAGGUUAAACCUUUACAAAAAUUGGCGGGUUCCUUUCAACCUCAACCCCGAUUUAUACUGGAAUAAAUUGAAACACAUCAUUGUAAUUUGGCAUUAUAUCAUUCAAGUAUGCGGGAAAUAAAUAACAAUCAUAUUUUACUUGAACCUUAAAUCGUAAUCUUAUUGAACUCAAUUUACUCCAGUUAUUUUAAACUUCGAAUAACUCUAAUGCAUGUAUUAUAUUAAUGACUAUCUUAUUGUUAGUGAAACGGUAAAGUAUACGUGAUAUAAACGUGUCAAAAUUGUGUACAUGUGAAUUUGUUGUCCACUGUUUGGCAAAGGCUAAUAUUUUUAAAUUUUUGACCGCCAUGACUAUUUCAUAUAACACGCAAUUAUAAACUUUAUUAGAAUGUAUUAAGAUUCAUAUUAUACUGUGACUUUUGUCGACUAUGGCCGACUGUGGGUGUGGCGCUUAAUUGGUUAAACAAAAGUAUGGCCGACUUCAAAUUUAUGUUGUGAUUUUAUUUAAGACUUGCAAUAAAAUGUUGUAAAUAGUAUUUUUAUGUUCGUAAAAGAUUAUUGUAGUUAAACUGGAUUAUAUUGAAUGUUACAUUUA